AUGAUGGCGUGGGAUGGCGGCCUGGGUAUUUUGGCAAUAGGAGCCGUCGGCAUGCUGGGAGUGGUGGCGAUAGAAUGGGCGGUGAUGUCGCCCUUCGACCGCAAGCUCUUCAUCCGUCUUGCCACCGCCAACGAUCGUCUGCGCUCGUCGCUGCGGAAUGCCAUGAUCACAUUCACGCUCAAUGUUUUCCCAGGAGGCACUCCCUUCGUCCAGCACUCCAUGGACACGAGCUAUCCUCCGCUCAUCACGCGCUUCCUCGUGCUCUCAGGAGCUACCUUCCUUCAGUUUAUGGGUCCCGUUGUUGGGCUCGUCCACGCCUUCUUCCCGACCUGGAUGAUUCCAGCGAGGCAGUUUGCAAGGGGAGGACAUGGGAUGGACCGAUCGGGUCAGAGGGGAUGGAGGCUCUGGUGGUUCUACGUUCGGCAUCCUCUUGCCAUCGAAGGUGAGGGCUUUGGAAACGGUGCUGGUCUUGCCAUCUAUAGUGCAGCAGAGUCGCUCUCCUAUCCCAGCGUCAUGUACGACAAGUUCCAUGACAUGUUCCACGACAAGCUUUGGCAGGAUCGGCUCUUUGCUCGCCAUGAAGCUCCGACUGCUCGGAUCAUGCUGGUUAUGAGAAAUGGAGAAGUAGAGUACCGAGCGAAGAAGAUCGAGGGACAAGAUGAGAUGAAGUGGAUCUGGAAGCCUGUCUACGCAACCAUGGGGUUGGGAAUCGUUCAGUGCCAUGACAUUGAGCAACUUGUUCCUCCUUACAGGAAAGCAUGCUACAUGCUCGUGGAGCAGGUUCUCCCUUCCUUCCAUCCUCGUGCGGAAUGGUUCCGCAUUUCCACACUGUGGCGGUUCGAAGCGCCGGCGCCCUCCUUCGGCUACUGCUGGCGCACCUUCAACAAGCUGGAGGAUCAGCGCGUGCAGACGGACAUUAUCGGAGGACAUGCUGUUCUCCUCAAGGGAGGGCCCAAGCCCUUCAUCGGCAACCAUGAGGAUUACGACGAAGACCCCCAAGACCCCGCGUGCUACGGCUUCUACGAUGCGAGGAACAGGACGUGGAUCGACGCGUCCACGUACACUGCUGCCCUCCUCCGCGCCUACGAGCUUGCAAUGAGCAUGCACGGGGAGCUGGGGAAGGAGCUGGCUAACGUGGGGUGGGACGUGAUGGUGCGCGAAGAGGGGCCUGUCUUCCUGGAGUUCAACAUCAACAACGGGUUCCUCGUCUCAGACCAUGGCAUCGAUCAGUGCGAGAAGAUGCUCAAGUACUACGAGGAAGAGUUCAACAAGAGGAUGGCCCACUACAGCGACAGCGUUGCUCCGCCGGAUUCUUGGGACCUCGGCAAAUGGAUGAAAAAGUCAGGUACGUCCAGCUCGACUGCUCAACGAGACCUGGGUGCGUAA